AUGGGCAAUCAGACCCAAGUCUUGGAGUUCAUCCUACUUGGCCUCUCCUCAGCGCCCCAGCACCAGCAGGUCUUCUUCAGUCUGUCCUUCACCUUGUACUUGAUUGGAGGUCUGGGUAACCUGCUCACCCUCUUGGCCAUCAUCUCUGACUCGCGUCUCCACAGCCCCAUGUACUUCUUCCUCAGCAACCUGUCUCUUCUUGACCUCUGCUUUACCUCCUCCACCAUCCCUAAGAUGCUGGCCAACCACCUGUGUGGAUGCACCACCAUCUCUUUCCCAGCAUGCUUGGCCCAGAUGUAUUUCUUCAUAGCUUUGGGGGCAGCUGACAGCAUCCUUCUCUCAGCCAUGGCCUAUGACCGCUACCUGGCCAUCUGUUGCCCACUGCACUAUGUGACCGUCAUGGACGCCCUUCGGUGUAUCUUGCUGGUGGCAGUACCCUGGAUCUCAGCCAACCUCGUCUCCCUGAUCCACACAAUCCUGAUGACGCGCCUGUCCUUUUGCUUCAACAGAAUCCCACACUUCUUCUGUGACCUCAAUGCCUUGAUCAAGCUCUCUUGCUCUGAUACGCACGUCAAUGAGAUGCUGGUGCUGGUCCUGGGGGGCUCUGUGGUUUUGAUUCCUUUUAUGUGCAUCAUGGUCUCUUACACACUUAUCGCAGUGGCCGUGUGGCGGGUGCCCUCAGCGCAGGGGAAGCGGAAAGCCGUCUCCACCUGCGGCUCUCACCUUUGUGUUGUCAUUCUCUUCUACGGAACGAUCAUUGGCGUCUACUUCAACCCCACAGCCACCCACGCCACUUGGAGGGACAUGGCAGCCACCGUGAUGUAUACUCUGGUCACCCCCAUGAUGAACCCCUUCAUUUACAGCCUGCGGAACCGAGACCUGAAAGGUGCCCUCAGGAAACUGCUUGGUGGGAACCACUUGGCUAAGUCGACCAACUCUCUUUAG